ACCUAGACAAACCUUUCCUUCAUAGUACAUGUGUGUUUAGCUCAGAGAUGUUUUAGAAAUGUUGUCGCAAAGUGCCUUUGGUUAGUUAAUUUGAGUGGAAAAAGUCAUUUUGUCAUUUUCAUCUUAACAAGUUGUCAGGCUUCCUACAAUGGCUGGAACAACCUUUUGUGAGGCGUCUGAGCUUUACAACAUUCUCAAUCAGUACACUCGCCUGUCCAGACUGUCAGAGUUCAACUUCCUCUGUUUGAUUGAUGCUCGUGCUAAAGGACAGUACAAUGCCAGCCAUAUCAUUACUGCCAGGAAUGCAAAAUGGGACUCUAAAGGCAAACUCAUUAUGCCUGUAGGAGUGGAGGUGGAGAGUAUGAGGUAUAUUGUGGUUUAUGACAGCAGCACCAGUUCUUUACAAGGUUCAGGUGAGGCUAUUGAAUGCGCUGAGGCCCUGACAAAAUCAAGCCGCUAUCCUGUCCAGAUUCUGAAAGGAGGCUAUCAGAGGUUCUCAGCCUUUUAUCCUUUCUUUAGGACACAAAAAAUCCUUUACACCAUAAAGGAAUUGGAGAGCUUGAGGCCUUAUCCAGUGGAGCUCUUGCCAGGUCAACUCUACUUGGGCGAUUACAAGCAGGCCAUCAAUCCCCAUGUCCUAAAAGACCUGAACAUGAGCACCCUUGUCAAUGUCUCUGAAGACAGUAGUCACAUGUUUGAAAAAGGAAACCACACCAUCCUUCACAUCAAUGUGGCAGAUUCAGUGGAGGCGGAUCUGUACUCCAGUUUUGAGAGGAUUUGUGUUUUUAUUGACUCUCGUCUCAACACUGGAUCUGCAGUUUUGAUCUUUUCAAGUCAUGGAAUAAGCCGCUGUAGUGCUGCGGCCAUUGCUUUUCUUUUGCACCACUUGAAAUAUACACUGGGGGAGGUCUGGGAGCAUGUCCUGCAAUGUAAAACCAACAUGAGGCCAAACCGAGGGUUUGUACAACAGCUGUCCGACUGGGAGCUGCACACACUGGGUAGAAGAAUGACUGAUAUUGCAGAGCCCGCUAUUGAGAAGAUGGUUAAUAGAUCAUUUAAAUGAGUCCAGCAGAGCCCUGUAAUUCACUGGGGCAAUAUUUACCCAAUGCAAAUAAAAAAGACAUGGAUAUUUUUGU